CAGUAUUUCAUGUGGCUAAGUGAGCUGCAUCGCAGCAGACGGCUGCAACAUGGCGGAUGGAAUUUUGGAGGACCAGGACCCCUUCAGCUGUCCAAUCUGCUUGGAUCCGCUGGAGGACCCAGUGACCAUUCCCUGUGGACACAGCUACUGCAUGGACUGCAUCAAGGACUGCUGGGGCCAGGAGGACCACAAAGGGGUCUACAGCUGCCCCCAGUGCAGGCAGAUCUUCGAGUCCAGGCCAGCCCUCAACAAGAACACCAUGUUCGCUGAGGUGGUGGAGAGGCUGAAGAGGACCAGCCUGCGGGCCGCCCCCCUCGGCCACUGUUACGCUGGACCAGGGGACGUGGGCUGCGACGUCUGCCCUGACCGCAAACAGAAGGCCAUCAAAACGUGCUUGGUGUGCGUCGCCUCUUACUGCGAGACUCACUUCAGGCUCCACGACAGCCUCCACCCAGGGCAGAGGCACAAGGUGAUCGAACCCACCGAGCAGCAGGUGAAACUCUGCUCACGGCAUGGUAAGAGACUGGAUGCGUAUUGUCGCUUCGACCAGAGCUUCAUCUGUCGUCUCUGCACAACGGAUGAACACAGAGGACAUGAUGUAGUGUUGCCCGACAAGUCUUUGGUACCACCCGGUGGGCACAGAAAGGACGGUCACUCGACUAAUAAUCAUGGGAACAGUAGGCACAAGAGUGGGCACAGAGAUGGCCAUUUCCAUCGGCAUGGGAAGGCUGGGCAUCACACUGGGGGACGUGUAAAAACUGGACAUGGGAGCAGUGGGCACAAGAGGAGGAAGCAUGGCAGUGGGCACGGAAAAAGUGAACAUAAGUCAGAUGCACAUGGGAGCUGGCACCGGAGGAGCCAUCAUGACAAGGCUGGGCAGACUGGGCACUAGGAAGUGGCUGAUUUUUGGCACAGGGCAUGCAGUCAAGUUGCGUGGAGAGAGCAGCAAACCCACUAUCAGGCUGUGAUGUGUCCGAAAAACACAAUGUGGGUAAGGGUUGAAUGCUCUCAAUUUGUUUGACCCACCUCUAUGUACACAUACAAGGCAUACACAGAAGUCAGAAACCUCCAUGUUGCACUUUUCAGGAUAAGUCUUAUAUCAUGGUCAGAUAAAUGCUGUGCAAUGUUUAAUGUAUAAAACGUUUGUUUUAACUGAAAAGAUUACCAAUAUCAUAUUGACAAUGAUUGACAAUAAUUUCUGAGGGUGUAAUUACUUUGUCUUUGAACAUGUCAAAUUAACAUUUACCCUGUUAUAUUUGCAUAUUCAUGCACCAAGAUGAAUGUAGUUAACCUUUUAAAACACCAUCACACGGUUUAAUUAUCUAAGGGUGACCCAUUUUACUGAGGAGAGACUUAGGAAGACAAUUCAUCAUCUCUCUGUACAUCAGCGUGAAAUUGUAUGUAAUCAUGCGAGUGCAUUCCUCUUGCACACUUGUUUUCAUAAGGAUAUUAAGUACUCCACUGUGUUGAUUAGAUGUCCUAGGAAGUCACAGAGCUCCACUUUGGGUGGCUGUUCAUUCACUCUAUAUUCAUCUCUCACAUGUUAAUUAGGAAAUGAAGUGGGCUUUAACUACUGCUGAAAUGCUCAGUAGGGGCAUACAGAAAUGUUUUUCAUGUUGUCUUGGACGGCCUAACUUUUGGUACUGAAAAUAUUUAUGACGUUUUCCAUAAUAAGUCAUUUUGAGAAAAAAAUCUAACAUCAUGAUCAUUUUGAUUACAUUAUCUUUUUUCUAUUUUGA